UUAAUUUUCUUCUCCUCUCUCUUCUUCUCCAACCUCACCAGAACAGGCCACAGAGAAUAAUUGCUCUGAUAAUUGAAAGAAAUUGUUCUUCUCUUUACAUUUUGACUUUGUUUUGAUUCGCUCUCUGCCUCCUUACAAUAAUCGGCCUUCCGGUUCCUUUUUCUUCAUCUUCUUCUCAAGUUUGUACAUUCACCUUCCUCCUGCUGGAAGUUAAGAUCUAUGCUUUGACCUCUCUCAGGUUCAGCUUCUCUCCCUCCUUUGUUCUUUUGUCCUCUCUCUUGUCUGGAAAUCUCUCCGGCUCCAGUCGCCGGCUAGGAUCUUUUCGCGUUGCCUUACAGAGUAAGGUUUUCAGGUUAAUGGCUUCGAGGUUUUCUUCCACAUUGAAGUUCUUCAAUCUACAUCUCUCUUAGUCUCUGAAUACUUCAAAUCUUAUUUGUAAUUUUCCGCUUCCUCUUCCUCUCUCUCUCUACGCGUGUCUCGGGGAUUGGACUCGUGUAAUGCUGAGGUCAGAGAUUUCCCAAACAGGGUCUAACAGCCUUUCUGGUCAAUUGGGUCUCUUCAAUUUCUGGCGCCACAGAUCGUAGAGAAUCAAAUUCCUCAGAGAUCUGUAGCUCUCUCUGGUUUCGGAUUUACACACUUUAUAUAUUACUGUGCCGAGGCAGAAAAGUAGGGAGGGGCAUUGAAGAUGUUGAGGAUGAGGAACAACAACAACAACAAGACCAAUGGGCUUUCACCCAUGAACGGAAGCUCGGCCGGCGCGGGCGCGGGCGCGGGCGCCGAGUCAAGGACUCACGAGUGGGAGAUGAGACCGGGAGGAAUGCUGGUCCAGAAGCGAACCAUCGACUCGGAUCGCAACUCGGCUCUGGUGCCGACAAUUAGAGUUAGGGUUAAAUAUGGGUCAAUCUACCACGAAGUCAAUAUUAGUUCUCAAGCUACAUUUGGGGAACUGAAGAAGAUGCUGUCAGGGCCAACAGGGUUACACCACGAAGACCAGAAGCUAUUUUUUAAAGACAAGGAGAGAGAUUCAAAGGCGUUUCUUGACAUCACAGGAGUCAAAGAUAAAUCAAAGCUAGUUCUUGUGGAGGACCCCAUUAGUCAGGAGAAGAGGUUCCUAGAAAUGAGGAAGAACGCAAAGAUGGAGAAAGCUGCAAAAUCUAUCUCUCAAAUCAGCUUGGAAGUAGAUAGGCUCGCAGGACGGGUGUCUGCUUUUGAUUCCAUAAUUAGUAAAGGUGGCAAAGUCGCAGAAUCAGAUGUGCUUGGUCUUAUUGAACUUUUAAUGAACCAAUUGCUCAAGUUGGACGGCAUCAUUGCUGAUGGAGAUGUCAAAUUGCAGAGAAAAAUGCAGGUGAAAAGAGUUCAGAAGUAUGUUGAAACUCUGGACAUGCUGAAGAUCAAGAACUCUAUGCCUGGUAACAAUGGAGGCGAUGCGCCAAUGCAGCAGCCUCAACAAAAGAGACAUUCAAACGGCCAAAGCCGACUAGCCCCAAUUCAAGAACAGCCUUUAGAGAUGCAAUCAAAUGGGCGUAUCGAUCUAUUAACCCCAACUGAAGAGCCACAAUAUCUUCAACCAAGGAACUCAAAUGGGCAUUCUCCAUUGAUUCAGCAACAAGAAGCAUCAUCGGUGGAUUCUUCUUCAACCUCUGGAGUUGUAGUGACCACCAAGUGGGAGACAUUCGAGCCCGCUCCACCAUUGAUCCCGGCAACAUCAUCCGCCUCCUCUGCGAACAAUAAUUCGGUUCAUCCCAGGUUUAACUGGGAAUUCUUCGACUAAAUAUAUCAGUCAAGCAUACCACGUGUUUUGUAAUUGUGUGGAUGUGAUUUGGGUUUGCGUUCCUUCCACUCGGAGUGUUAUAUGGUUCUUCUACAUUCUUUUCUGUAUUUAGAAUUGUUUAGCAACCCUACUAAUCUGCCCAUUAGUUCGUCGGAAAUAAAUGGUGUUGCUAAGAAUUUUUCUUUUUUCCUUUUUUAAUCUGUAAUUUUUGGUACUAUGGUCAGGUGUCCUUGGAUUUUGUCCAAGACUAUAUUAUUCCUUCCUGAGCAAUCAUAAACGAUUGCUAUGGUAUUCAUAAUCAUAAAUCUGUUCCUUUUCUGUGA